CCACGUACCCUCGGUGACGUGCCAGCUAUGCACCAUCGGUAAUGUUCUUCCCGCGACGUCAUCCUGCUUCCGGGUGACGCAGGAACGCAGCAUCCGGGUAUCACAACGGCUGGAUCCGGCGGAGGUCUCGGGGCCGCGACGUCUGUACGCAGCUCAGGAAUCACCCCGCCAGUGACCUCGGUGACAUCGCGAGUCCCGGGGACGGGAAAGGUUCAAUGGGAUCUGGGGCGACUUCCGGUUCCCCUGGGAAGCCCCACAGGACAUACCUGAAAAAGCGACGGAAGCAUAAUAGCGCAGGGUAUUCUGGGAAUCGUAGUCCUCGGCGGCUCCGCGGUCAAGCGAGGGGAAGGGGAAGGAGACGGGGACUACAGACUAUCCCAGAGGCCCGUGCUCGGUGGCCAUGUUUGUAGUCCUCUUUGCGUAGCGAGACACACUGGGAUUAUAGUUCUCCGACCUCGGGUGUGGGCUCCACGGCUGUACGGGUAAAACGGGAUCCGCUCAAUUUUCGGUGGACCUCAGAAGCGAUGAGGCACAGACCGGAAACAAGGGAGGGCGCGUACCACAAUGGAUUCUGGGAAUCGCAGUCCACUACUGCUCCAGGGUCCCGGCUGGGAUGAGGACAGGGAGACUGGGAAGAUUGACGAUCCAAGAGCUCUGUGCACGGCGGCCAUGUUUGUAGUCCAAUGGGCGGCACGAGAUACGCUGGGAGUGUAGUUCUCUGACCCCGGUGUAGGCGCGGAAGAAAACCCGGUGGGGGAAACUGGGCUCACCUGACGACACGGGGACUAGCUCCCUAGAAACCGCUGCCAUGUCUCGGUUACCCCUUCCCGCGUCAGUUUCUCCGGCCUCAUUAGGAUACAUUUUCAUAAUCAUCUUGCCCGGGCUCUCCUGUGCGUUUAUACUCGUUUUACAGGUUGACGUUUUUAAAUGUUUACGUGUGAAUAUUCAUUGAGCCUUAAUAUAUUCAUGCAAAUAUGUUCUUAAAUGUAUUUUAAUAUAUGCACUCAUGUCUGUUUGAAUUUCAAAUGUUAAUAUGUGUCAAUAUAUUCACGUAUUAACAUUCGCAUAUUGACAUGUUGGGAUAUUGCCAUUUACAUAUUACUGUGCCAUAUAUUUGCAUAUAGCUGUAUUCGUAUAUUUACAUAUUGACCAUUUGCGUAUUUACUUAUUAAUUUAUUCACGUUUUUACAAGUUUAUGUAUUUACAUUUUUACAUAUUUGCACAUAACUACACUUGUAUAUUCACAUAUUACUAUAAUUGUAUACUUACAUAAUAUUCAUAUUUACUUUUCAAUUUUGCAUAUUUACAUAUCAACGUGUUUGCGCACUUACCGAUAUUUGUAUAUUUGAAUCAGUAUUUAAAUAUGUACAUGUUAAUGAGUUCCAACAUUUACAUAUUACUCUGUAUGUUUGCAUAUUGAUGUGUUGGUGCAUUUCCAUGUUGUGUUCAUGCAUUUUCAUAUGGCUAUAUUCGUUUAUUUACAUGUUAGUGUUCUGUGUUACCCCGAGCGCACAUUGCUAUUUUCCAAUGUUCACACUAUCAUGCUUACAUAAUCGUGUAUGCAAAUAUAUUUAAAUAGCUGCUUCAGCGUCCAACUCACCGUUCGCCACAUUGACAUAAACUAGUGUAGUUGCACAUGGACGUUUCUUCCCUGGAAUGUGUUCACAUGUGUACGUAUUCAUGCGUGUGCUUGUCCUUCGUCCUCAAGUGUGUGAAAUGUCCCCGAGUGAGCAUGGUCACCCUGUAAUAUAUUCGUGUAUGCAAUGUGUUUAAAUGUGUGUCUUCUGUGUUAGUGUCUCUGAGCACUGAUCUGUAGUGUAACUACACGGCCAUGCAUUGACACACGUUAACACACUUGCACAUAGAUGUUUAUGGCGCCUUCGGAUGCUCACACACGGACACAUUAAUUCUUCCAUCAGCUCCUUGGGAAAUGCGUACGUUACAUACACACACACACUUGUGAGACCGACGUAUGUACACACACUUAUAUGGGACACAGAGAUGUGUCAUACCUAUGUGCACUCAUAGACCCAUGUGCACACAUGUAAGUACACAGCUCUCCCUCCGUACAUCCCUUAGUCCCUCUGCAAACGAGCAUGGACCAGCAUCCGGACCACAACCUGUCACUCGGUCCACACUCAUCCACACCCACACCUGCACAUUCAGAUCCACAGAUCCGCACACUUCUGCACGAGCACAGACACACACAGACAGACGCGAACUGGGCUGCAGGGCCCAACGCCCGCCCGGCCCUGUCCCAGUGUACAACAACUUCCCCGAUUCCUCCGCGCCAAGUCCUCCCCCCGGUCCGCGUUGCACAAUCCUCAAACACUCUGGUCCCCGCUGGUUCUCCCCCUCCUCCCCUCACACGCUCACCCUCCAUCCGGCGGGGAACACAGGAGCGGUCGACUGUGGGCGAGCGCGCACGUGUGCAGGGAGCCGGAGCGUUGGCGGCGCCGGGAAGAACCGCCAUGCUUCCCGCCCUCCUCCCCCUCCUACUCAUGGCCGCCCCGGCCCCUGCCGCACGCUCGCGCCCCAACAUCGUGCUCAUCAUGGCAGACGACCUCGGCAUCGGGGACCCUGGGUGCUACGGAAACACGACACUCAGGACGCCACACAUUGACCGUCUCGCCCGGGAAGGUGCGAAGCUCACACAGCACCUGGCUGCUGCGCCCCUGUGCACUCCCAGCCGUGCGGCCUUCCUCACAGGUCGCUACGCUGUGCGCUCCGGCAUGGCAUCACACAACCGCGUAGGUGUGUUCUUAUUCUCAGCAUCGUCGGGUGGGCUGCCCACUGAUGAGGUCACCUUUGCACGGCUUCUAAGGGAGCAGGGCUAUGCCACGGGGCUUGUGGGGAAGUGGCACCUGGGGCUGAGCUGCCGCACGGCCUCUGACUUCUGCCACCACCCUCAGCGCCACGGCUUCGACUUCUUCCACGGCAUUCCCACCACCAACCUGCGGGACUGCCGCCCAGGCUCCGGCACCGUGUUCAUGCCCGCGCUGCGCAUGCUCAUCUACGGGCCACUGCGGGCGCUGGCGGCUGCGGGUCUCACGCUGGCGGUGCUGCGACUACUGGGCCUUGUGCAAGUGCCCGGGACGGCCUUCCUGGCCCUCGGGGUCAUGGCCGCCACCCUGGGAGCAGCUCACCUCACCUUCCACCUAUGCUUCCGGCCGGCCAACUGCUUCCUCAUGUCGGGCUUCCACAUCGCCCAGCAGCCCACCAACUACACUGGGCUUGGGCAUAGACUGGCUGAUGAGGCCACAGGAUUCCUGCGCAGGCACGCGCACAUGCCCUUCCUGCUCUUCCUGUCUCUUGUGCACGUGCACACUGCACACUUCGCGGGACCCGACUUCUGGGGAAAGAGCCGGCACGGAGCUUACGGGGAUGCAGCAGAGGAGAUGGACUGGAGCGUGGGCCGUGUCCUGGACACCCUGGAUGAGCUGGGCCUGACCAAUGACACUCUCGUGUACUUCACAUCCGACCAAGGGGCACAUGUGGAGGAAGUGAGCGCUGAGGGCGAGAUGCACGGUGGCAGCAAUGGGAUCUACCGGGGUGGGAAGGGCAAUAAUUGGGAGGGUGGCAUCCGAGUGCCAGGCCUGGUGCGCUGGCCGGGCGUGAUCAAGCCAGGCGUGGAGAUCGAGGAGCCCACGAGCAACAUGGACGUGUUCCCGACGAUCGUGCGGCUGGCAGGUGGCAAGCUGCCCCAAGACAGGGUGAUUGAUGGUCGCGACCUGAUGCCACUGCUGCUGGGGCACACCCAGCACUCAGAGCACGAGUUCCUGUUCCACUACUGCAAUGCUGAGCUGCAGGCUGUGCGUUGGCGGCCCCGCAAUGGCAGCUCGGUGUGGAAGGCCUUCUUCUUUACACCCCGCUUCAGCCCCCCGGGCGCCAGCGGCUGCUUUGAAACACACGUGUGCCCAUGCAGAGGCUCCUCCCACCUGGUCCACCACGACCCCCCGCUGGUGUUUGAUGUGGCUCGGGACCCCCGUGAGCGCCGACCCAUGACCCUGCGUGAUGAGCCCCGCCUCCCCGACAUCCUGGCCACUGUUGUGCGUGCUGCACACAAGCAUGCUGCCUCCGUGCUCCCCGUGCCGGACCAGCUGUCCAUGGGGAACCUGGCUUGGAAGCCAUGGUUGCAGCUGGUGGGGGCGGGGCAGAAGUGAAGCCCUGGGUGGGAUGGGUGAGGGGAACCAGGAAGUAAACCAGAAGUCAGAUGGGGACAGGAACUGAUGUCACAGGGUCACAUUAUAUCACAGCAGGCACAGAAAAUGAAAACCAGGAAGUCAGGAGUAGACAAGAAGUGAUGGCAUGAGGGUCCAGGGAGUAAUCAAGGAGUCACAGGGACACAGGAAGUGACAUCACCCAAUCAUAUCACAUCAAAAGUGCCACAAGAAAUGACUUCACAGGAUCACAUCACAAGGGCCCCAGGGACUUAAUUGGAGUUCCUGGGUAAGCAGGAAGUUACGUUACCUCAUCACAUUGCACAUGGUACAGGAAGUGACCUAACAUGAUCAUGUCAUAUCACAAGGGGCACAGGAAUUUAACAGGAAGUCACAUGGACACGGGAAGUGACUUCAUGGGGCCAGGAAACAAACAGUAAGUCACUGUGAUAAGCACAGUGAUUGAGCAGGUAGUCAUGGGGAACAAUAAGUGAUGUCACGUGAUAACAUUACCUCACAAAGUAUACAGGAAGUAAAUUUAGUAGGGGUCUAGGAAGUGAUGGGACAAAGCGGGCCGGAAUGUGGGAAUGUGACUAAGGCCUUGGAACAGGAAGUGAUUUUGCACGGGACAAGGAAGUGCCAAGGACACAGAAAAUGAUGUCAGGAAAUCAUUUACCUCACUCAGGCCAGGAACUGAUAUCAUGCCGUUCCCCCCUGCCGUGUACCAUGAAGCGACCAGGACUGAGCUUCCAAGGACAGGAAGCCCCAGGACGGAGCCCUGACUUCAUUUACAUAUUCACGAGUACACAUGCUAAUUGCCCAAUAAAGGCCAGCAACACGAGCACA